AACUCCCGCUGCGAGCCCCGUGCAGAUUCUCGAAGACCAGGAGGACCACGGCUGCUUCAGCCACUGCGUCGGACCCAGAGGAGGACGAAGUGGAUGGCAUCGGCCAAUGGUCCCGGAACCCCCGUCGCAUGAUCUCACUACAACAUCAUGACAACAGUCAUCACGAUAAAACCACGAGCUGCCCCCUGCCGACAUGUAACUGCUUCUAAUAACCGAAACUAAUCAGAUCAAAACUAUGGCCUCCGGAUUAGCGUACCGUUUUGAGCGGCCGGGGAAGAAUCUUCUUCACCACCACUCAUCUAUGUCACGCGCUCGUCUUAGGGAACUCAUAAGGCUCUAUCGAACCCAAUGUCCGAAGCAACAACCGCGUUGCCAGCCACCUUGUUGGCAGCCGCCGUCCUCCCGGCCGCUAUGGCCCUCACUACCGCUGGAGAUAGUGUACAUGAUCUUCCUCCACCUUGAUAUGAUUACCCUAGGUAACCUACGGCUAGUCAACACCCUGAUGCACCGGCAGGUCGACUCUCUCUACGAAUACCGCAUGCUCCGAACGCAUGCAGCGGAGACCCUCAUGAACCUUGAUAUUGCCCGAUGCACCCAUAAUUUCCCUCUCCACCAACUGUAUCGCGAAUUCUGCCACCCGCGGUGCCGAACCGGCCCUGACUUUGGCCCUCUUCUCUAUAUCCCCACUCUCUCGCGGGUGUGUUUGCAGUGCGUUCUGAGACAUAGUCAAUACCGCGUCGCCACCCUCCAUGAUGUGUCUGUCUGUUACGGUUUGCCGGAAGACCGGUGGGAUCUCCCGGUCUUCUCUUGUGUUGAUCUUCUCGAAGGCCAAUACAGUUCCGACCGGCUGAUUGACGUGACGCAAGCUGGACUCCUGUUUCGACAGCACUGGCUGCGCCGGUUCGGCAGUAGUAGUCGCGAGUUCGGAUCCGCACUCCAGGAAUGGACAUAUUGGCUGCGGUCGACCGUGGCGUUUCCGUGCUGGGACCCGCACGCCCGCGUCGCCGAGCCGGGGGUGUAUUGCUACGGGUGCACCAAGUACUGGGAGACAUCCCGCGACAAGAUCAAGCGCCGCCUGAGAAAACGGGUGAAGUACUCCUAUGCCUGGGACACGACGUCCCCGGGGAGCAAGGGGGUGGAUCGCGCGUUCCGGGUCCCGGAUCUCCCACGGCACUUUUCGACGUGUCCGCACGUGGUGCGGAGGCUUAGGAGGGGGGAGGAUCACACCGCGUUGAGGUUUGGUGAGUCGGUUGGGAGGAUCUUUCGGGUGGACGCUGGUGGGGAGAGGGGUGCUGGACGGGCUGCGCGGGUGGGUAAGAAGUAGGGUUGGUUGGAGUUCGGGUGUUUGAUGGUUUUUGCUGAUGUUGGAUUUGUAGCUGAUUUGCCCAUUUGCUGAUUUGCCGAUUUGCCGAUUUGCUGAUUGUUGCUGAUUAUUGCUGAUUGUUGCUGUCUACCUUGCUGAUUUUGCUGUCUACCUUCUACCUUGCAACGGUAUUAGAUGCGGGCAGCUGCUUGUGGGAACCUUGAAAGAUACUGCUCUGAUGUUUUUCUUUUUACUGCGAGGGAUUGCCUAAUGUAGAAGUAGAAGAAGAGUUGAAG